GCUGGUGCUGAUUACGUCUGUGAGUCUACCGGUGUCUUCACCACUUCCGAAAAGGCUGGUGGACAUCUUGGUGGUGGCUGCAAGAAGGUCGUCAUUUCGGCUCCUCCUAAGGACAGUACUCCUAUGUUCGUCAUGGGAGUCAAUAACGAGAAGUAUACCUCUGACUUGAAGAUCGUCUCCAACGCCUCUUGUACCACCAACUGCCUCGCCCCUCUAGCUAAGAUCGUCCACGAUAACUUCGGUAUCGUCGAGGGCCUCAUGACCACCGUCCAUGCUACUACCUCCACUCAGCUCACCGUCGAUGGCCCUGCUAAGGGUGGCAAGGAUUGGAGGGGUGGUCGCUGUGCUAGUCAGAAUAUCAUCCCGUCCUCCACUGGUGCUGCUAAAGCUGUCGGCAAGGUCAUUCCUGAGCUCAACGGGAAGCUCACUGGAAUGUCCUUCCGUAUUCCAACUGCUGAUGUCUCUGUGGUGGACCUCACCUGCCGUCUAGCCAAGUCCGCCACCUAUGAUCAGAUUACUGCUGCUGUUGAUGCUGCCUCUAAGGGCCCUAUGAAGGGGAUCAUGGGUAUCACUCAUGAUGAGGUCGUGUCGAGCGACUUUACUCAUGAUAGUCAUUCCUCUAUAUUUGAUGUUAAGGCUGGUAUCGCACUUAAUGAUACCUUUGUGAAACUGGUGUCUUGGUAUGACAAUGAGUGGGGAUAUUCGAAUCGUCUGGUCGAUCUUGUCGUGUACAUGAGUAAGGUCGACGGCAAUUGCUAG